CCACUGGAAAGGGGACAACUGGGCUUUGUAGUCAGGCACAUUAACAGUGCAACAUGGUGGCAUGAGCAUCUUUCUGAAGAGAAUGUCCAGUUUCUCAAGAAGUUAACUGCGGAGGAAUACAAAGCUCAGACAGCCAGCAAGCUGUACCCUCUGAAAGAUGAGCCAUGGCCACUGAAUGAGUGGAAACCAGGUUCCAUCCGAGUUGGUGUUGUUGCAGUAAAACUGGGAAUGAUGCCAAUAUGGACCAAGUCAGGAAAAAAACAUGCUGUCACACUACUUAAGGUGCAAGAUUGCCAUGUUUUAAAAUACAUUUCAAAGGAAGAGUCAGGUGGAAGCACAUCUCAGCUACUUGUUGGAGGCAAAAAUGCAUCUCCUUUUUCUAAAUCAGAGUCUGCAAUGGAAAUUUUUAAAGAAGCUGGAGUACCACGGAAGCAGAAAAUUACAUUAUUUAAUGUAACAGAUGAUGCCAUAAUUAAACCAGGUACUCCUUUGUAUGCUGCUCACUUCCGCCCAGGGCAAUUUGUGGAUGUUACUGCAAAAACAAUUGGUAAAGGAUUUCAAGGUGUCAUGAAAAGGUGGGGAUUUAAAGGUCAGCCUGCAUCCCAUGGCCAGACGAAAACUCACAGACGUCCUGGAGCAAUAUCUACCAAUAAAGCUGCCAAAGUUUAUCGUGGAAAGAAAAUGCCUGGUAAAAUGGGUAACAUCUAUAGGACAUCUUUUGGAUUAAAGGUGUGGAGGAUCAACACAAAACAUGACAUUAUUUAUGUAAAUGGGUCUGUUCCAGGUCACACAAAUUGUCUGGUGAAGGUCAGAGACAGCAAAUUGCCUACUCGCAAGGACUGCAAUAAAAACCCUCCGUUUCCUACGUUUUUUGCUGAUGGAGAUGAAAACCUACCAGAAGACCUGUAUGAUGAUGAGGUUUUCCAGUUCACAGAUCCAUCUGUCACAUAUGCAUAAUGUUCUUCAUGUCUUUAGAAACAGACAAUUUUGUUAUUUUCACAAACUAAAAGUAAACCUAUGAAUUGCGGUCUGGGCAACUGACUUGAACACUUCAGAUACUGACAUUUUAGUCAGGUAAUAACAUUUAUCACCGCCAAUUUCAAACCUCUGUUUAAAGCAGCAGGUGUGUCUGCAGGGCAGGAUGUCAAGAACAGUUUGUGUUCAGUGAUCUUCUAUCCUCUGUCUCAGGCUGUGAAAAAUAACACGUGUGAAAAACUGUUGUUUUGAAGAUGGUUCCAUUUAAUUUUCUGAAUGCUACCAAACUCUUUCUCUUUUGUAGAAAGUACUCUGGCCAACUCUGAUCAAUCAAAAAAAACUUCCAUAUCUGCCUUGGCAUCGGGGGGGGGGGGGGGAAAUCUGUGUAGAGUAAUCCAAAAUAAAAGAAAAUGCAUUGCUCUGUAGGAGCAUGAGCUUGUUUUGUUUCCUUCUUUUACCAGAGCUCUUUCUCUCCUUUUGCUUUAAUGUUGAGUUUAAUGUAACAAAUACCCAACAAAUUUUCUAGGGGAAAGAUGCUGCCAACCACUGUCUGUCUCUUCAGAGAGUUCUGGCAGUGUGUACAGUGAGGGGGUGUUCGGAUGGGAAAUGUUCAGUAACAAAGCAGCACUAAGACUGCAGUUGCCACCUGUUUGUUGCCUUUGCUGACAGCUUGUUCUGAACUUCACAGAGGAUCCCUUGCAUAGUCUCUGAAGAAAUAUCUCCACAUCUACAGUUGUCUCUGUACUGGAUUUUUAUUUGAUUGUAGGAGAGCUAUAACAAAGAAAGCAAGCCAAAUGUGAAGGAUUUGUCUUUAUGAUAAUGCUCAUUUUUCUUCUACUCUACCUUUCAGUGAUAGCUGGAAUGAAUACGCUCCUUUUAUUUUUCAUCUUACGUGAUUUACUAUUUAUGUCUGAUCUUUUGAAUGCUGUAAAUCUACCCACGUCUGGAAGCAAGUACCUGCAUAACUGUCAGUGCCGUCUGAGUGUGUGUUUACAAGACCUACAGGAGUUCAAGAAUUUGCACAUACUAAGCUACUGUUAAUACUGUGACAGUGCUAUCUACUCAUCUUUGCAGCUUCAUCACAAGACAUCAGAUAUCUAAGUAAAUAUGAGAUUCCUAAAGACCUCACUAAUACUAUCCAAUUUAAAAGGUGAUCUCCUUGUCAUUAUGGUGUCUCUGUCACUGAAGAUGUUUUGAAUUUUUUUGUAAGAAACCAUGUGUCAUCUUAAACAGGCUGUAUAUAGCUACUGGCUUGUAGAAGACUGGGAGGGAUCAUUAGAGACUGUGGUAUGGAAAUGUGAACUGGUAAAUAUCUAUGUUGUAGGGUAUGCUCUUAACUGGAUUCAGUUGAAUUAAAAUGUCAUUCAAAUGAAUGCAUCAGAAUGCUGAAUAACAGCACCACCUUCAUGCUUCCCCUUCAGUAAAAUGGGCUCUGCAAGUGCAGGCAUCACACAGCAGAUGUGGUGCAAGAAGCCCAUACAUGUAGUGACUACCCAGAGGGGUGUCAUGUUUUGGCCGUGAUACUAGUAAUAAGUGCAACCUGUCACCUGUUCCAGAUUUCCUGAAGAGGUGUUUGGUGUUCCUCUCCUGAUUACAAAAUAGAUUUUUUUAAGUUACAGUGUUUCAAAUUUACUUGCUGUCGAACACCUGUAAAUCAGGGUGUGGCCAUAUGCAUAGCGUGCUAUUCUGCUCUGGUUUAUGGAAUAAUUCUGGCACACAUACAUUUUCCUUGAGCAGCUUUGCUGUUGUUCUUGGUUUUUACUUCAUUGGUAAUGAUCCUGGACUAUCACUGAGAUGACCACACAGAGAGAUGCUUUUUCCUACUUGGUUUCUCAGCCAGACUCUGGGCUUCUUUCCUGUAAAUUGUAAUUUGGUUUUCUUCCAGCAUAUACCUUGGAAAGCACCAAGAGUCAAAUAUCAAAGGGAGCCACAGGUUUAAAAAAGUACAUUAAGAUUUACUCCAGAUCAAAUGAGAUUUCAGCUUAAGGGGAAAAUAGGCAACCUACUUUAAUUCCUGUUUCUUUGGUAAGUGAAGAUCUUCUCCCUUUAUGGCCUAAACAGUGACAUUCCGAUGAUCUGAUCAUGUUACUUUUUAGCUUCAUUGUCCAGGGAAUGACUGCAGUCAUUCAGAGAAUUCUCUAGUUAACGCCUUCUAUUUGUUUAAAAUUUCUGCUGAAGCCUAUGUAUUGUCAGAGUAGUCUCUGCAGUUGUUUUUGAAAUGCGUGCUGGAUGUGAGCAGUGUGAUUUUUCCAGAUGUUGCUAAUUCAGGCAGGCAUUUAGUCUCAUUUUUCCUGAGAUGUACAGAUGAAACCUUUUCCAUCUUUGUUUAUCAAGAGUGCUUGGACACUAAAGGCAAGAGUUUUCCUAGCUCAAGUAAAGACUGAUGUCCUGAAAGUUAAGUAUUUUCUGUAGAGCAGAUGCAGGGUAAGAUGGGUAAGAUCUCUUGAUGUGAGCUCAUAGUAGUGCAACCUAGAUUGGAAUAUAAACAUCUAUUAGACCUGUUCUUCCAUCAGGUGUUGGAAGAACGCUUAUGGUGUUGUGUGUCUGAUUUUCCAUAUGCUCCCCAUCUGUUUCUUAUGAUCUUCUGACUAAUGAAGGGAUGUUGUGUACAGGAAAGGCAGGCUGAAUUUAUUUCAAGGAACGAAAUUGUUCAGAAGUGUAAUGACACCACAUGCUUUAAGCCCACCUACAAGUUUGUUCUGGUGCUUACUGAAAUAUUUUUAAAUUUUAUCGAAGGUGUUGGAGCAGAGUAUUUAUUCUUCAGCAUGGCUGAAGGUUGUGGCUUAUCAAGCAGAUGUGCUUUUAGGAGUCAAAUAAAAGCAGACAAGAUUAGACAAAUAUCAAGUCCUCAUGUCUCAGGUGAGCCAACAGUUUCUUGUGCUAAGGGUUGUGUUCAUUUUUCUCAAAAGGCAAACCAAGGUCUCUGUUGCAAGUAGGUGGUAUCUGUGUGUUUUGUUGCCAUUCCUCAGUACUGAAAGUUUAGAGCCAUCAGGGAACAUAAUGCCCAGGCAGCAACAAAAAAAAGCUCUUACUCCAUAUUACUUGUAGAUUAUAAAAGAAGGAGCUGAACGUGUUACCAGGAGUCUAAAUCCUGUAGGAUAACAUCCUACCUAAUGUUGCUGUCUGUUUUGCUGCCUGAGGAAGUAAUUGUUGGCAAGCUCUGCUACCAUUGCUGUAGCUUCUGAAACAGCUGAGAUCUGCCAUGAAUUGUGUACCUGUUUCAGCACAGAGAACAAAGUGGUGUUGUCCUCUGGGAGUAUAAUGCUUGGAAGUUGUGCACUCGGCCCCUUCUGUGUCCUUGAGCUGGUAAAGCACAUAUCAUUUUGCUUUGUGAUGCUUAAAAAUCAUGAGAGGAUCCAGCAAAAAGCAUGAGUGCUUUUAAAAUCAGAGUGUGCGUAGGUUUGUUGUGUCCUUUAUUAUCAUAUUAGAAGAAGCCUGUUGUGCAGCUCUUCUUUUCUUUUAAAACACUAACAUACACCAGUGCCUGUACACCCUGGGAAUUGGACUGUGGCUGGAGUUGCCUGUAACUAUGAGGCAAAACGCAGAUACCGAGCAGUUCCUUCAUGUUUAGUCUAUUUUAUGCAAGCAUUUGUAAAUAUAAAGGCUGUGGGCAAGGUGCUGAGCUUGGGUUUGCAUGUCCAGGAGCACGUUACCCCCUCCUUAGGCUGUUUGGGCUAGUGGGGUGUUUUUAAUAUCACUAGCAUGCUGCUUUGGAGGAGGAUGUAGGGUUGAGAUUUAGCUGUAUUCAUGGCU